CAAAAACGUCGUCUCCCUCGGGACUGACUGGCCAACACUGAGAACAACAAUUACUCCUCCGGUCCCCUCUUUCUCUUGAAAUCUGGUGGCACACCUUCAUACCAGUAUCCAAUGGCAUCGGCAUGGUUUUGCUCGGUUCUUCUUGCCCAAAUAUAGACUGACAGCGAGCUUGCCUAUUGACAUGAACCCGACGUGCGAUCGUCAUCUGCAUACAAAGUAAACCUCAUUCGUCGAUCCUGCCUAGCGCGCAUCAAAGGUGGAUUCAUAGAUAGUUCAAUACCUGAGCACAGUGCCGGACUGAGCUGUCAGUUCGUUCUGAGCUGGCCACAUAAUUGCAUUUUCCGCGUCCUUCCCACCCUGAGUCUCCGGGACGAGGUUUGCCAAAGCAUCCGUUGCCUGCCUCGGCAAUAAUGGAUUAUCACCAGCCGCAGAGCAACGAACAGGGAGACGGCCUGGAGCUGGUUGACGAGAAGGAGCAAAACCACAGCUCAAUUGAAGAACCUUUACCUACGACCACAGUGCCGGUUGAUGAGCAAAAUGAGGCCCGUGCUACUGAAAAAGCGGAUGCCAUCCGCCGAGCAUGCGACCUGCGUGAUUUCGACGCACUGGUCUCUUAUGCCACAUCGGAAGGUGGCUUCCUGAAUGACGAUGUCAGACGAGUGGCCUGGCCCAUUCUCCUUCAGUGCGAUCGAAGAGAAUCGAUCCACGACUUCACGAGCUGGGAGGACCUGCCACCGCAUGCGGACGAGGAGCAGAUACAGCUAGAUGUAAAUCGAUCCUUUGUCUACUAUCCUGAGUGUUCUGACGAAGAGCUCUUGACGAAGAAAGAUGAAUUGUCUCGACUCAUCAAGCAAGUCUUGCGAAAAUAUCCAAUGCUAUGCUACUUCCAAGGGUACCAUGAUAUCGUGCAAGUGCUACUCCUUGUUCUUGGCGGCCACGAAGCCGCAUCUGCUGUUGCGCAAAUCUCGCUGCUGCGGAUUCGAGACUAUAUGCUUCCAACCCUUUCACCGGCCCUGAAACACCUCCACUUACUACCAGCGAUUAUCGAAAAAGCUGACUCUUCGUUACGCCAACACCUUGCUGGCAUCCAACCAUUCUUUGCCCUAGCGGCGACUUUGACCCUAUAUGCACACGAUAUCCAAGAGUAUAGCGACAUUGCUCGUCUAUUCGACUUCCUCCUCGCCGAAGAACCGGUGGUACCGGUGUAUCUCUUCGCCGCGAUCAUCCUCUCCCGCAAGAAAGAGCUGCUCGAGAUUUCUCUUGAGGAGCCGGAAAUGCUGCACUUCACCCUGUCAAAACUCCCCAAUCCCCUGGACCUCGACGGUCUGAUAAACUCUACAGUGCAGCUCUUCAGAGACUAUCCGCCAGAAUCGCUGCCAUUCGGAGCUUGGAAGCAGAUCCCGUCGUGCAGUGCCCUCAAGACCUCAAGGGGUAUUGUGCCAACUCACAGCAAAGACGAAGCUCUCAAAUGUUUUGGCCAGCAAUUACGGCAGCUGCGCUACGAGGAGAGCAAAGAGAAAGCAAUCACCUUCUUGUGGCAUAACAGAAGGACGAUCGGUUCGGUGGCUGUCACCGUGCUGAUUGGGGUGAUGUCGACCUAUAUAAGACGCAAGGGACUCGAUAGCACGAUCUGGUCAUACCUAGGUCGAUUCAGAUCGACCUUGCAGCACCGCGGCUAUCUGUAGACCAUUUGUGUCAUUGUUCCUGUCCGAAUAUAUUUAGAGGGAGAUGGAAUAUCUAUUGAGGACUGUAUCCAUAAUUGUCUCGACAGCUUCACGGCGGCAUAGAGAACUGCUGCCCAUGUGUACAUAGAGAGGGAAAAGUUGUCAUUUGAACGGCCCGAUGACAACCUGAAG